CCGUUGCGGUUACCGGUGACUGAUUGACGCUUUCGUUUUCGCUUCUACAGAAACUGCUCUGUCGUUGAGGUUGUUGAGGUUGUUGAGGUUGUAGUUGUUGGACGGGCGCGUACACACUUAAGAGGAAACAUGGCAGGUUUGGAGGUUUUGUUCACCUGCGUGUCUGACAACAUUAGGUCAGCACACGACGCCGUGGUUUGCUUCGUGCACUGGGAAAUGAUCAAGAGCGGAUACCGGUGUGUCGGCUCCGGAGACACGCCCAGUGGCUCUGAUAAGAAGUCGGAGAUGCUGCCUUCAGACUGGAGCAGCAACAGAGAGAUAUACAGCCUGAGAUACCAAGCAAAUGACAGCAACGCACAACUGCUGCUCAAAGCCAUGGUCGUCGACUCCAGUUUGAUCUUCAACCUGAUGAACCUCAGCACGCAGCAGGUGUCAGACUUGACGGUGAACAUGAGCGAUCACGUGAACGCUGAUCAGUUGCACACAUUUGACAGUGUCUACAAAGAUGCGGACAGUCUGACGGUGAAGGUGAGGACUCAGCUGCUGCCGCCUCAGGAGACAACAACGGGACGGAGGACGACGAGGAAGAGUCGGAGGGACGAGGACGAGGAGCAGAGGAGAGGAAGAGAGGACAGCGACCCCUUGCGUGUCCCCAGCCGACAUCAUCCUCAUCCACACAGGCCCAACCCCCUGGUUCCUCCAUUUGCUGCAGGAGGAGCAGAUCUGGAUCCAUUUGGGUCUCACGGCGGUGGCGGGAUGAUAGUUGACCCGUUGAGGUCGGGUUAUCCUCGCUCUGGUUUUGAUCCGUCCAGUGGAAUUCCCGACAUUCUGCCUCCUGGUGCCGUUCCCCCGGGAGCUCGCUUUGACCCGUUUGGACCCAUCGGGCAACGGAGACCAGGGCCGGAUCCAGAUCACAUGCCUCCUCCUGGUUAUGACGACAUGUUCAUGUAGUUUUCCUGCAGCAGCAGCAGCAGCAGCAGCAGCCGCAGCAGCAGCAGCCGCAGCAGCAGCAGCAGCAGCAGCAGCAGCAGCAGCAGCCGCAGCAGCAGCCGCAGAGUCUCACUUCACCUCCUCCCUGGUUUAAUCCAGUGCAGUCACCUGACCUUGAAAUGACAUUUUCAUUCCCUUCAACAUCUUAAUAACUUAGAUUAUGUGACAAAACAGAAAAAGCUGCCACACAAAUAGAGACCGUGUAGAUGAAUGAUGUCCAAAGACUGGGUCGAGGCCCACAGAUGUUUUUUUGGGGGUCCCCAAACAAAGAAUUUUUCCCAACUUUUAUUUAAGAUUUAUGUGUAUAGGGUUACAAAAAACAAAGCAUGCAUAAAAUGAAGUUGUAACAUGUUUUGGAAGAUGUGUUAGGUUUUACAGAUAUGGCUGUAAAUGACUCACUACAUUCGUUCUAGUCACGAUUUAUAUUGUGAUUUGCAUCACGAUAGUUUAAAAAGUGGGGAAAAAUAGGGCUGCAACCACUUGGAGAUGAUUAAUCGAUUACCAAAUUAAUCAAUUUGAAGGUUUUUUUAAUAAUUAAAACAAGUUUCUCGUAUUUUUCAGCUUCUUAAAUGUCAAUAUUUCCUGGUUUUUGAACAACAUCAUUUCCAGGUUUGGGAAACACUGAUCAACACUUUUCAGCAUAUUAUGGACCAAACAACUAAUUCAUUCAUGGACAAAAUAAUGGACAGAUGAAUUGAUUAUGAAAGAAAUGGUUGGUUGCAGCCCUGACAGAAAGUAACCCAUGAAGAAAGGAAACAUUUCUAAUGUUUUUUUGUGAAUUAGAGAGGUUAUAUUUGGAUUAACCUGAAAACAACUCCUGUCUGUUGAGAUUUUCAUCGUUUCAUCAUUAAACUGCAUCUUGUUCUUGAACAAAAUGUUUGUUGUGCAAAUCUUUAGAAAGGUUUGAACAGUGACUGUUAAAAACAAAUUCUUUCAUUUCUUUUAUUUAAGGUCAGGGUUGAUGAGGAAGUUCAAGCCUAAGCUCUUCAAUAAAAUUCACAGAUUCCACUUUC